AUGAGGCUGUUCUGCCACCUGAACUCACUCGCCAGAAGCCUCGGCGUGGUCGUCAACGCCAACGCCAUGCUGCAGCGCCGACUCCCAGCAUCCGACGACCCCGACUCUGUUCCUGCUCCGCCCGACGACCCCGACUCUGUUCCUGGUCCAACCGACAAUCCCGACUCUGUUCCUGGUCAGUCCGACGACCCCGACUCUGUUCCUAGUCCGCCCGACGACCCCGACUCUGUUCCUGGUCCGCCCGACGACCCGGGCUCUCAGAUGGCUUAUAUGACAGAGAUGAGGCUUGGUGGAGGUCGGGUGUCCUGGGGUGGAGUCGCCACCUCAUCCUACCCAGAGGUGGACCUGGAGGUAAUCGAGGAGUAUCUGCAGGAGCAUUCCCUAGAGAUCCAGCCUGCACAAACACACACAUUGCCUCUGACCAAUGUGGUGCAGCAUGUGAACACUCACCACUGCACCAGGAUCAUAGAGAAUAGCUGGGCGGGUCAGCAUGCCUAUGAGUGGCACUGCGGUACUCCCAAUAAGGAAUAUGAGCCAGAGGCUCCAACUCCAGCAUGGCUCUAUCCCCAUCAGAACCAAUGGGAUCACGUUGCAUGUCCCGAUAAAGCCCAGGUAUAUAUAGACUCAGACUCUCAGUCCAGUUGCUCCCAGUACCAGGAAUGCCGUGACGACUCUUCUCCCAGCUCUGAUUGUAGGAGCAGGCUGAACAAUGAUCAGCUACUUAUUGCUCCUCUCUCAGGAAAGAGGAAGGAGCGACUGUUCCAGUUCCUUUUUGAGAUGCUGCAGACGCCAUCCAUGCGAAGUUGCAUUUGGUGGGUCCAGUCUUCUUUGGGCACAUUUCAGUUCUCCUCCCAAAACAAAGAGCACCUGGCAGAGAUAUGGGGUCGACGAAAAGGGAACCGCAAGACAAUGACCUAUCAGAAAAUGGCUCGUGCAUUGAGGAAUUACGCUCGCACGGGCGAGAUCCAAAAAGUGAAGCGAAAACUCACAUAUCGCUUUGAUGAGAAGACACUAAAAGGCCUCCAGGGAGACACCAAUGCCAUUUAG